GCAGAGGAAGCCCCUGAAGAAGCUGAUGAAGAAGGCGAAUACUAUGAUGAGGAGAAGCCCAGAAUAAAACUAACUGCUCCUAAAAUACCAGAGGGUGAAAAAGUAGACUUUGAUGACAUUCAAAAGAAGAGGCAGAACAAAGAUCUGAUUGAACUGCAGGCCUUGAUUGACAGCCACUUUGAAGCCAGAAGAAAGGAAGAAGAAGAACUGGUUGCCCUGAAGGAGAGAAUUGAGAAGCGCCGAGCUGAAAGAGCAGAGCAGCAAAGAAUUCGGGCUGAGAAGGAGAAGGAACGCCAAGCCAGGCUUGCAGAGGAGAAGGCACGGAGAGAGGAAGAGGAUGCCAAGAGAAAAGCUGAAGAUGAUCUCAAGAAGAAGAAGGCUUUAUCCUCCAUGGGUGCCACAUACAGCAGCUAUUUGGCUAAGGCUGACCAGAAGAGAGGGAAGAAGCAGACAGCUAGAGAGACAAAGAAGAAGGUCCUGGCAGAGAGGCGCAAGCCCUUGAACAUUGACCAUCUCAAUGAAGACAAGCUGAGAGACAAGGCUAAGGAACUGUGGGAUUGGUUAUACCAGCUGGAGAAUGAAAAGUUUGACUUUGCAGAGCAGAUUAAAAGAAAAAAAUAUGAGAUUGUCACCCUCAGGAACCGGAUUGAUCAGGCUCAGAAACACAGCAAGAAGGCAGGAGCCAAGGGCAAAGUCGGUGGGCGCUGGAAGUAAAGAACCAGGCAGGACGGCCCGUAGUGGCAUGCCUGAACCCUGCUGGUCUCCUCUUUCUUCCUUCACAAAUCAUUGUGUCCCCAUGCCUCAGCGAUAACAGAAGUCUCAACAUCAGCCUGAAAUCAUGACAUCAGCCUGGGCUGGCUAUUGCUGCUGCUUUUCUUUAUCCCUCCCCACCUUGGAGAAGUCCAGUGAUUUCCUGAAUCUGAAGGAAGCAGGUUCCUACAGGAGCUGAGACGACUCCUCGCUGGCAUCUUUACUACCUGCUGAGCAUGUCCUUUAAUCCCCUGACACCAGCCCUGUGCCAUCCUGUAGAUUGC